UGGAGAUGCGGAGCGGAAAAUCUCUCCGUCUCGGGCCUCCCGAGCGGCGUGGCUCCUUCUCGCGGCGGAUGGCGGUCGACGGCGACGCGGUGAGGCGGCGCCCGCCUCAGCCACCGCCGCGCUCCGGCGGCUCUAGGCGGGACGCCUCCACGGGCUUCGCAGAAUCCGCGCUCCGCGUCCCCGGCAGCAAUGUGCGGAACUCCAGAAUCCACCCUGCUUUUGAAGCGUAAGUUCCGUUUGGUUUGGUUUGGCUUCGCUGUUCAUGGCUGUAUUGGUUACUGAUGCGGCAUGUGUUAUUGCUUAUUGUAGUGCACAUUUUACGAGAGGUUCAUUUGUGUGCGCUUAAUUGGGAGUAGUACCAGCAGUUAUUAGCAGUAGCAAUUGUCCAAGUAAUCCUACAGCAUCAGCAAUGGCAGAAAGGGGAUUUCAGGAUCUCUUCUUUUUGGGGAUUUUUUUUAAAGCUAGCAUUUUCUGGAGUCUGGAUGCCUCAAUGACCUUUUUUUCUAUGCAUACAGUCAAUCAGUUCUUCAUGUCUACAUCUACACUUAGCUCUUAUAGAAAAAUAGUUCGCAGUUUAGUACGCAUCGAUUUGUGGUUUGUUUAAGGCCAAGUGGCCAACCAACUAACCGAGGUAGAAUAGUGAAUUCCUUUGGUUUCAAUAGCAUGACUAUGAUGCUGCUUUCUGUGCUCCCUUAUUCUAUCUAGGAUCAACUGAACAGAUCUCAUAUUGUGUUCCCAUGUCCAUGUAAACAGUUUAGUUGAAAUUGACACUAUCUUCAGUUCUGGACACAAUGUCUGCAUGGAAGUUCUAUUUUAAGAACAUGAGCUUCUGUUAGAGCACAUCCAAUAUCUUCAUAUACAAUCAGUUAUGAUUGGAUCCUUCAUUUCUCCAUUUUAACUUCCAGAAUGCAGGUAAAAGCUUACUUUGUUUUGAAUUGUUAAAUUAACAUAUAAAACGGUGUCUGUAACAUGCAGUGUAUGCUAUGAGUAGCAUGUUUUUGGGUGGUCAUGCAUGUCUUGAUCUCUGGGUUUAGUAUCCUCAUCGAACACAAUGAACAGUUAGUUCAAAAGUCAGCCAUUCACUUACUAAUUAGUAGAGACAGUAAUACUUUUGUUGGAACCAUCAGUUGCUCAAAUGAUAUUAUCCAACAUGCCAAAUGGACGAAGCUGGUAUCGUACUGGUCACGAGCGAAGAUAUGUAUAUUCUCAAGCUGAUAAAGAAGUUCCAUUGGACGUUUCCAUUUUAGAAACCUGAUUUUUUCCCCCAUAGGUUGUCUAGGGCAUACACCAAGCAUGGUGCACAAACUAGGAUUCGUCAGGUCUAGUACAGUAUAUGUUGACAUAUACAUAUGGUCUAAUCAAUCAAUGAAGUUAUGGCACAACCAUAUUUUCAUAUCCUCUAUUCAUGAAGCAGAGAUCUUUAAGCGAGUAGAUUAAUCAGUGCCUGUAAGAGCUCUUAGAGGCGUCACCCUAUGGUGACCGCUUUUUUUCCUCGACUGUCUAAAGUCGAUUAAUGUAAAACUUAUAACUCUCUUUCUCCUUAAUACAAUUUGGGUGACCUCCUUCGGCCGUCUCGGCAAAAAAUUCAUGAUGCAUGACAUUACAUGCUGCAGCAGAGACUUGCAUAUUACUUGUUCAAGUUAUAUUGCAUUUUAUUUAUAUACAUUAAUCACAUUCUUUUUGAGAUUUUAGCCUUCUUUGCUUAUCUGCUGCAUUGUUCUAGAAGGUCACUGCCUAGCCUGAGUAGGCAACAAUGCAUAUGCCAAUCAAGUUCAGAGUUGCCGCAGCUUUUAGGGAGAAGUACCCUGCAAGAGGAGAAAAGUUCAACUGAAGUUUUUGAAAGGAAUCAGCAUGAGAUUGUGCUAUAAGGUCAACUGAAGUAGGUUUUUUUAGAUAAUGGAUUUUUCAUUAAUCCGGCCUCUAUAUCCACAAAGGAUAUACACAACCAAAACAUAUACAUGAGUUCUUAGACUCUAAACACACACACACACACACAAAAAAAAACCUAGAAGAUUUAGCUCCAACCUUCAUCGAUGACUUAUUCUUUCCGUCGCAGCGCAAUAUGGGGAAAGAGGAGAAUAGAAACUAGUCCGAGCUACCUAUCAUCGCACCAUCUCUGCCUCUACGGAACACAACCACCAUCUGCUACCAACAUUUAUGCCCUCUGUCCGCCGUCGCCAUCCAAAACACCUACGCCGCAGCCGCAUUUUGAACACCCUUAGUGCGUCACGAAGCCGCCUUGCCGCACCACCAGUCUUCUCUGUAGACGAUCGAUCUCACUGUCGCUUCUAGAGCGUCGUGGAGCCGCCUAGUAUGACACGCGCUGCCUUUACAAUCAAGAACUUGUCAAAGAUGCUCCACUGCCGUCGACCCCUAACCGCAACCAGACCUUGGCGCCGAUGCUCACUUGGUACCUACCUUCCCUAGGAUGCCAUCACCAAGAGCCUCCAUUGCCAUCGUCCUUAUCCGCGUUGGGCGAGCCGACGACCAUUGCAUCGUCAACUAGCCCUGUCAUCGACGAUCACCAUCCCUCGUCCUCACCUGGUCAUGGUCAGAACCGGGCAUCGGACCUCGUCAAGUCGCUGCCAUCCCUAGGAUGCUGACACCGAGAGCAUCUGCCAUCGUCAUCACAAACUACCAUGGCCGAAAUACAAGUCCACAACUAUCACCAUACCUAUUUGUUGAUCCGUCGUUGCAGGGGGAAGCUAGCCCCCACCACUAUCCGUCAUCACCAGCCCUCUCCUCCGGUGACAGAGGAAGGGAUGGAUCGGAGGACUAGCCCCCGACACCACCCAACUUCACUACUGCCCGUCGCCGCCAUCAGGAGUGCCGAUGCCACCAGUCCUCGCUGCCACCACAACCACGAUGGCACGACCACACAUCGAUGGAGUGCAAGGCCGACUGGUAACCGCCUCCACUGCCACCUCCCUCGGCCACCACCAAUGCCAUCACCACUGUCACGUCGGUCGACAGCCAUCAGGUGGUACCGCCAUAGCAUGGCCGUCCACCAUCCGCCGUACCACCCUGAACGACCACCAUCAGAUCUGAAGCUUUUUUGGAGCGCCACCAGUGGAUCUGGUCCUCAUCAGCAUGACAGCCAUCAAGUCACCAACAACUGAUCCGCCAUCCCACCGCACGCAUGCAGGAGACGCAAGUAGCAACCGGUGACCAGCGCAACCAGCACACCUCCCUGCCGCCACAUUGCCCUAAACAGCUGCCUUCCAAUCCGUAUUUCUCCAGGGGCGCCAUAGGCGGAUCCGGCCCUCGCCAGCCCGACGACCACCAAGUCGCCAGACGACUUCAAAAACGCAAGAAAACGGAUCUGGAGUAGAAAGAGAGGGAAAAAGGAAAAUGAGAGGAAAAAGGAAGGAGGUGGGAAGGAGGGUGGCUAUGGGGUGGGCUUUGGGGGCGCCAGAAACCACCUCCUUCAAAUUGAGCGGCCUAGGAGUCCGGUCAACUGAAGUUGUAGCUUCCAAGAAAUACACAUUCAAAUUUGUAUUUUUUUUGGAGAUGAUAUGAAGUUUAUGUGGGAUAAGUAGGUAAGUACCAAAAGAGCCGAAAGGGAAGUGGUCAAGCAUGUGGUAGCUGAAGAUCAAAGUUUUUAUAAAAGAUGAGGUGUUAUAAGUGAAGCCUGAAAUAUUGCUGUUGAAAUGGCAAUGGUACACAUGCAAUGGCACCUCUGGAGAGAACCUGCACAAGCGGCAAGUGGCAGAUCAUGGUCAUACUGAUGUUGCAGGCAUGAAUGGCAACCUGGAGAUCACAACCUGCAUGAACAUACCAUGAAGAGAUAGCAGCCAACGCAGUUGAUGGUUUAGUGGAUCCAGAAAGGUGUUGCUUUCUUGAUAUUUACUCUGGCGUUUGGUGAAUGUGGCAUGUUGUUCUAAGCCAAGAGGAGGUCACAAGUGGUAACAAGAAAAACUGAAGUUAGAAAAUGAAUACUGAUGCUGAUCGGAGAUUUCUGAUUAUUAGUAGAACCUAAUGGAUAGUCAACUGCGCUCAAGGAGAGCACAUGUUGUACAGCCAUGUUAAUUGCUUUGAAAGUGGGCAAGUUGCCCAUCAAUUAUUUGGUUAUAUGGCAGCUUUAAUAUUGUUCAAUGAAAAGAUGAGGCCUAUGCCAGAUCAUGGUCGUUUCAACUGAACAAACCGGGGAAUGCGGCAUGAUGCUCGUUUUCAAUUGCAACGUCUGCACCUCUGUUCCGUUGCCAUGGUGUUCUGAUGACUUUGAUGAAAAAAAUAAACUGCCUGUUUUAUAAGGAAAAAAAAGGUACGUGUAUUCUUGUGAGUUUAAGUUAUCUUUAACUAUCAUUGUAUACACUCUCUGUAGCUGCAGAGAAUUAUAUAUGGCGUGUCAUUGUAGAAAAUAAACCUGCUUGUUUUUAUAAGAAAUGGAAAACAGAUUACCCCAGUAAGGAUAGUUUAAUUUUUAUUGAGAAAUUUUGAAUGCUUGUGCUUUCUUCCCGGUCUGAAUAUUCCAACACUUGUUUCUUCUUUGUUGUAUAACUGUUACCUUGCCAUUUUGUCUUUCAUAACACCCUCUCUUUCUUUUUUUUCUUCCUUUUGAAGCCUCUGCAGUACUUGCACAGCAAACAGAUGUACUGUAAGCCUGCAAAACUACUUUUGCUUUGUCCGGCACUGGAUGACUGGAACGAAAACCACGCAUUUCUAACAUUCUUGCUGCAGGCAAAAAUAGGGAAGCCUCUGAAGAUUGCAGCCAGCAAGCCAUGCAGGGAGAACAUGUUACUGAUUUCUGAUUCCAAAUAAAAAUGCGGCAAGGUAGUGCCGUAGUGCCUAAGCAUGUUACACUCAAGCCAAUUUGCCCAGCCAGACUGACACCGAUCGGAUCUCAACUCUGCAGUCUGCACGACGUUUCCUUAGCCCUUCUCUAUUCGCUGUGCCAGUGUGCUUGCUUGCUUCUCUCUUAGCCAGAGUAACAUUCCAGCCUCUUCUCCCCUACACGUCUGCCACUGCUUGCUUCUCAUCUCUAACCCAGCUUGCUAGCGGUGCAGGGAUCAGAGCAAUGGAGUCGGUGGCCGUGAACGCGGCGCGGUGGGUGGUCGGCAAGGCGCUGAGCCCGCUGUCCGGAGGGCUCGUGGAGGCGUGGGCCGCUAGCACGGAGCUCGGCCCCAACAUCGGCGCCAUCAAGACGGAGCUGCUCUACGCGCAGGGGAUGCUGCACAAUGCCCGCGGCAGAGAGACCAGCAACCCCGCGCUGCAGCAGCUGCUCCUGGAGCUCCGUGGCCUCGCCUACAACGCCGAGGAUGUGCUGGACGAGCUCGACUACUUCCGUAUCCAGGACGAGCUUGAUGGCACCUAUGAGGCCGCCGAAGAGCACGCCAAGGGCUGUCUCCAAGGACUCGUGCUCAACACACGCCACACAGUCAGAAACAUCAAGAAGAAGGCGUGCUCAUGCGGAGAUAAUGGGGAAGAGAGUCGCCAUGCCAAUGAUGAGGAGGCACUUGCAGGCAGCGGCUGUAUUCACAAGCUCUUUUCCAAUGCUCGAGAAAGAAGCCGGUUCCUCUGCUGCGCUUAUCCCUGCAAAGCAUUGCACAUAGAGCACACCACGAAAACACCAAAGCUGAAGUUUGAUAGGGUGGAUCUGUCGACAAGAAUGAAGCACAUCGUCGAGCAGCUAAAACCAGUCUGUGCCAAGGUCGCCACCAUCCUUAACCUGGAGUUGCUGGAAUCAAACCGCAGCAUUGGCCAGUGCAUUGCAAUGAGUCUGAAUUCUGAGUUCUCUGGGAAAAUGGGGCAUGCAGUUGUUCUUCCAAGCAGCAUUGCUAUGAAUCGUCCUGUGACCACUUCAGAUUUCAUAGAACCUAAAUUUUAUGGGAGGGAGGGUGAGAAAAGUACAAUUAUCAAUGACGUUAUUGAGGGUGAUUACUGUGACGUGGACCUAACCGUCAUUCCAAUUGUUGGUCCAGGAGGGAUAGGAAAGACAACUCUCACUCAGCAAAUAUACAAAGAAGUACAAAACCAUUUUGAUGUUAAUAUUUGGGUUUGUGUCUCUCUCAAUUUCAAUGUGUAUAGAUUGAAAGAGGAGAUUGCCAAGUCGAUACCAAAAGUCAAUGAAGAGAACUCUGGUUGGCCGGAUGAUUUGAUUGAGCAAAGGUUGAAAUCAAAGAGAUUUUUGCUUGUCCUGGAUGAUAUAUGGAAUUUGGUUUAUGAGGAUGAGUGGAAGCAGCUAUUAGCACCCCUCAAAAAAGCACAAUCAAAGGGAAACAUAAUUGUAGUCACCACUCGUUUUCCAGCGGUUGCGGAAAUGGUUAAAACAACUAAUUGUUCAAUACAAUUGGAAGGGCUGGAACCUAAAAUGUUUUGGGAAUUAUUCAAAGCAUAUGCUUUUGGCGAUGAGAAAACAGUAAAUGAUCAUGGUAACUUACAAGAGACUGGAAAAAUGAUAGCCAAAAAAUUGAAGGGCUCCCCUUUGGCGGCAAAAACUGUAGGAAGAUUGUUGAGAAAGCACCUUGAUAUUGAUCAUUGGACAGGAAUCCUAGAUAGUAAAGAAUGGGAAUUACAAACUGGUAAGAAUGAUAUUAUGCCGGCAUUAAAGCUUAGCUAUGACUAUCUCCCUUUCCAUCUACAACAAUGUUUUACAUAUUGUGCUUUGUUCCCUGAAGAUUACAUCUUUGACAGUGAGCAAUUGAUUCACUUAUGGAUAGGACUAGACAUUUUGCAUUCACAUGAUCAAAAUACAAGAACCGAAGACAUAGGAUUGAACUAUUUGAAUGACUUGGUUAGUUAUGGAUUUUUCAAAAAAGAUGAACAAAAUGAUGGGUCUCCUUACUACGUUAUGCCUGAUUUGCUGCAUGAGUUAGCAUUGAAGGUUUCAUCAUAUGAAUGUCUUGCUAUAAGUAGUUCUAAUGUGAGAUCUAUUCAAGUUCCACCAUCUAUACGGCACUUGUCUAUUGUGAUAGAUGAUGUGGAUGUAAAUGAUAGAGUGACUUUUGAAAACAUCAAGAAGGAUUUCAGCACACUGCAUAAGCAAUUGGAUAUUGAAAAGCUUCACUCUGUGAUGCUAUUUGGACAAUACCAUGGAAGCUUUGUCAUUCCUCUUGGUAAUUUGUUAAGCAAAGCAAAAGCACUCCGCGUCGUCUUGUUGUAUGCACCAUCUUACGUGGUGGAAAAUAUGUUGCACAACUUUUCAAAUCUUAUUCAUUUGCGCUACUUAAGGAUUAAUAAGGGAUAUUUCCCAGAAAUGAGUCUACCCAAUACCAUUUCAAGAUUUUAUCACUUAAGGAUCCUUGAUUUACAACAAUGCAGGGGUCACUUUGGUUUACCAAGAGACAUGAAUAAUCUUGUAAGGCUACGGCAUUUUCUUGUCCCAUACGAUAAUCUCCACUCCGACAUUACUAGUGUGGGAAAGCUGAAAUGUUUACAAGAACUAAGGAGAUUUGAAGUCAAAAGACAGGUUGAGGCAUUUGCAUUAAGACAACUAGGGCAGUUGGAAGACCUAAAAGGAUCAUUGGGCAUCUAUAAUCUUGAAAAUGUGAAGGCAGCAAAGGAGGCAGAACUUUUAAACAAAAGUCGCUUACACAAGCUAAUAUUAGAUUGGGAUAUUAAGCGUUCGACAAAUGAUCCUUCACAAGAAGAACAUAUCCUGGAAAAUCUUAAACCACAUAGCAAUCUCCUGGAGCUACACAUUAAUGGGCAUGGUGGCGCCACUUGCCCAUCAUGGUUGGGUGUUAACUUGUCCAUGAAAGGUUUGAAAUCUCUUCGUCUGAAUUGUGUCGACUGGAACAAUUUCCCGCCUAUAGGGGAGUUGUCAUUGGUUAAUGAGCAUGGUCAUAAAUCCUUGGAUUGUACAACAGAUCGGAGCUUUCCGAAUUUAAAAAGGUUGGAGCUAGUUGCCAUACCAAGAUUGUCAAAAUGGGCUGGAAAUGAUGCUUGCCAUGUGUUCUCCCUGCUAGAGGUGCUCAUCGUAAGAGAUUGCCCUGAACUGAUGGAGUUGCCAUUUUCACAUCCCACCACUUGCUCUCGGCCAGAACAAGGGACAAACCUGACCCAAUUCCCUACACUAAAGAAGCUUGAGAUUGUAAAUUGUCAAAAGUUGUCAUCAUUGCCUCCCAUUCCUUGGACAAGCUGUCCAUGCCAUGCUUAUAUUGAAGAAGUGGGAUCGGAUUUUCAGCAGUUGGAUUACUCAACAAAUAACCAAUCUGAAUUAUGCUUGCUAGUUAAGGGAAAGGACGACAAUCUAGAUAGUGCAUUCUGGAGGUUAUUGGUGUUCAGUAAUCUAACUGAGCUAAAAGAGUUGACGUUGACAAAGUGCCCUCCUUUGCCAUUGGAACACCUACAGAGUCUGUCAUCAUUGAGGAUGCUCUGUAUGCAAGACUUGAGUAAUGUCUUGUUGCAGGACAAAGCCGAGAACACUGUCAGAUACCAAUUUCCUGUUGAGAAACUUAGGAUCUUUAACUGUAGUUGUAGCGGGAAGGAAUUGACACUGUUGUCAUCCCAUUUCCCCAAGCUCUCAAUGUUUGUAAUAAGGGGAUGUGAGAAUAUAAGAGGGCUUGGUGUGGCGAAGCAGGGGAUGACAGCAAUGUCAGCAUCGUCAUUGCCGUCUGCUGGUAGUAAGUUGGAGGAUGAAUGUCUCGGACAGGAGCAGCAAGAACCAGGAGAGGAGGAUGAGAAAGCAGCCGCAGAUGGAGGGCUGCUGCUCUUACCUCAGCAACUUCAGUAUUUGACUAUCGGGGAAAUGUCAGAGCUGGCAUUAGUAUUUGACACGGCAGGAGGCCUCAGAGGCGUAGGAGAAGGAUUACAAGGUCUGCACUCCAUAAAAAAUUUGAAUAUAUGGAAUUGCCCCAAUUUCUUGUCCUCCUACUCGUCCUCCUCGCAUCAUUCCCCAUUUCCGUCCUCCCUGCAAGAACUGUUUCUUAGUUAUAUGAGUGGGAUGAAUACUCUGUCACCCCUCUCUAACCUCAAUUCUCUUGCUAAGUUAGCCAUAUGGGACUUUGGGGAUUUAAGAGCUGAUGGCUUGAGUUCUCUCAUCGCCCAUGGCCAACUCAAAGAGCUAGAUGUCCGGAGGUCCCCCAACUUCUUCGUCGGAUCCGACCUCUCGCUAUUAUUGCAACUAAAAACGGAUGACAUCACAUGGCUCCUUGUUGCCCCUGUCUGCAACAUUCUCGCUUCCUCACUCACCGAGCUAACCAUUGGCUGGAACGACGAGGUGGAGCACUUCACCAAGGGGCAAAACGCGGCCCUUCUGCUCCUCUCCUCUCUCCAGGACCUCCGAUUUUGGUGUUACUCGAAGCUGCGAUUCCUCCCAACAGGGCUACACAGGCUCACCCGCCUCAAGAGAUUAGAGAUCGCCUUGUGUCCAGCCAUCCGUUUGCUGCCCAAGGGCGGUCUUCCGAGAUCACUAAAAGUAUUAGAUGUCAGUGAGAGCAAAAACGAGGAGCUCAAAAGACAGUGCCGUAAGCUAAGAGGAACCAUUCCGAUCAUCCAAGACAGAAAGUACUAAUAAUCCAAGGUUUCAUCUUGGAUUGAUAUGGGCCUUAUUCUAGCGCCUCUGCAUAAUCUUUUGCAUCCUACACAGUUUUGUGUUGAUAAGUGUGAAGACGUCAACUUGUUCCGCUUCCAGCGUCUACACUAACAUCUCAUAUAAGUUCUUCGCUGUCGCUCCUUUAUUUGGUUAUAUACUUAUUUUGUCACUGUUCUCUUUUUUAAUCUUUCAGCUGUUCUGUCAGUGAGAGAAUUGUUUGCUUUCACGGAAAUUAAUGAUCUGUUAGUUCAGCUCCUUGUCAAAUUUGAUGUCUGAGACUCAGUGUGCAAAGUAGUUAUCUGAUGAACUAAAACUUAUGCAAAAUGUUAAUGACACGGUUUGAGAGAUUGUAUUGUUUUAA